UCUCCUUCCUCCUGCAGUCCUGUUUCGCUGUGGUUCCGGCUCUAACUCCCCAGGAGGAUCCCAGAAUAGCCAUUACAUCCUCUUCAGUCUCCAUCCCAUGCAAAGAAGACCUGCCGUGCGGGGAGGGAACAAACCACCAUCCUCCUUCCCCUCCUCCUUCCCCCUCCUCCCCCCCAAACAAAAAAGAAAAAGAAAUAGGAGGGUUCCAGUUCAUAGGCUCUGAGCGGCAGUCUGCCUCUGCUCGAGAGGCGGGGGCAGAGGGAGUCGUGGGAGAUCGCAAAUCGUUGGCUCUCCUCCCGCUCCUGCGCUCGGGCUGGAGAGAGUGGCGGGUGUCCGGGCGCAUCCACGCUGAGCCUGGCUGCUGCGCGCUGCUGUAGCUGCUCACCUAGCUCGGACCGCCUCGGACUCCCUCUUAUUCCCGGCUCCUCCUCCGAUCCUCCCCUCUCCGUCCCUCCUCUCCCCGCCUCCACGAGCGGGAGCCGGACCCUGGCUCCACUCUUCAGUGUCCCUUCUUUGGGAGCUUCUCCGGAACGAGCGCGAUGGAGCUGCGAGCGCGGAGGUGGCUACGACUUUUCCUAGUGCUCCUCUGGGGUACUUGUCAAAGAACAAGUGGUUGCAAUGAAACACUUAUGCUGGAAAGGUUGCCUGCAUGUGGCAAAGCAUUUGAAGACAUGAUGAAGAAAGUAGAUACAAAGAAUUGGUGCAACUUGACUGAAUUUAUCAUGUACUAUGACAAUUUUACCUCUUGCACAGAACUUGAAACCAACAUUGUGGGGUGCUUUUGGCCUAAUCCUCUAACAGAGAGCUUCAUCACGGGAGUUCACAAACAGUUCUUCUCAAACUGUACAUCAGACAAAGUGCAUUGGGAAGACCCACCAGAUGAAAUUCUCAUUCCCCUGAUUCUGAUUCCUGUCCUGUUGACAGUGGGGAUGGCGAGCUUAGUGGUAUGGUGCAGUAAACGGAAUGAUGUUUUGGUGUAGCCUGCAUUUUCCUUUUUUGGCUUUUGUUGUUUUCUUUCUUUCUUUUUCUUUUUCUUUUUUUUGGAAAAAAACCCAGCAGAAGUCAAGCAUUAGGAAUCAGCGGUCUAUGGCGGUUUUAGCUAAAUAGCUCCUAUGCAAAGGAAUUAUUUCUGGGUUUGCAAAGUCUCGAGGAAAAGCUGCCAUUUUGGAAUUUGGUUUGCAUCAUGAAACACCCAUUUUUAGUGAAGCAAAGACACUGGAUUUUAUCAGAUUUCUAAUUCUACCAGAAGUAAAAAUGGAAAUUUCUGGAGGAACUGACAGUAUCAAAGCUGCUGAAUACAAAAAAAAAAAAAGAAAGGCAAUCUGGGCCAGU